AUGAUGGAAAUGCGAAAGGAAACAUCUCCUAUACCUCCUCAAGCGGAGAUCAUAGAGGCCGAUUUAUAUAAACGAUCAUAUUUCGGACCUGAUGUUCCAACCUUGGAGCUAGAAUGUUGGGAAGAAGAGUUGUCGGAGGCUCAGCUAAAAGCCUAUCAGACUGCCACUGAAGAGUAUCAAAGUAUUCAAAACAAACUUGAUGUGAUUGUAAAAGAUACAGGAGGAGAGAUUGUGUACAAUGGUGAUCAAUUUACAGCAUACCAAUUGCUGGGCAAACAACCUGCUUUGAAAGAUUUGGAGAGACAAAGUGCUGAUAUAAUAAGAUCUAGAUCACGCUCCCUGUCCAUAUGUAAAGAAACAAAAGAAGUUAAGGGGAAAAGAGGUAGACCCAGAAAGAAUCGUGAAGAAGAUCGAGACUACUCCCCGUCAUCGGACAGAACAAAGUCACCCGAUCAAAGACAUAAGAAGAAAAAGAAGGAUAAAAGGAAGUAUGAUGAGAAAGAUACAAAGACCAAGGACAAAACUUUGGCUCCAUCCAAUGUGCACAGUGUUGUAACAAACGUGCGACCAUCCGAGGCGACAGCUAUCGGUGGCCUACUCACUGGCAGCGCAACCAAAACAACGGCCAUAGUCGACUUGACCAAGGAAGACGGUAACAAGAAUGUGGCUGAUUCCAGAGAAGUGUCGUUCAAUAAACUGCAAGGUAAAACAUUCCCGUCGCUAGUGGUAGUCGCUCGCCCGUACCUACGUUCCAAAGAUGCAGCCGUGCCGGCAGACCGCGCGACCCUUGAUAGUAAAGUGAAAGCGGUUCUCAUCCACACUCCCAUGAAGUUCACCGAGUGGCUCAUACAACAGGGCCUGGUGCGGUCGGAGCAGUGGUGCGCUCUACACCCUGGGAACAAACUCAAACUGGGUAUGUAUUCCGACGUGUCAAAGUUCCCGUACUCGGGCGGCUACGUGUGGAUAUCCGAGUGUUGUCCGACCCGUUUCGUGUCCGUAUUCUCGAGCUCUAUCUUCGAAGGCGCCACGUUUCCUCCCAGCGUCCUAUUGAAGCUCAUCUAUCACUGGGCGUGUCAGACGAACGUUCAAAAUGUCGUCCAAUGGGUCAAAGUUGACAAUCUAUACGUCAAAGGAUUGUUCACUUGGUUGAGAGCGGUUUGCACGUCAGCUAUACAUCAACACAUGGGUUUGCUCGGCGGGCCGGGGAAGAAAGUCGAAGUUGGGGUCAUAUCGUUGGGUACCACGAGCCAUGACGGCACACAGAGACAAGUUAAGGUUGAAGUGUUGGGUGUAUUGGAUCCCGUUGAGAAAUUGAUUCGCCUUCGUGCGGUGGAGCCGUUGGCAGAAUACGAGAAGAAUUAUAAGAAGCGUUUCCAGAAAAUUCUAGAACCUCUUACUACUUGGGUCCACCCUUCGUCUAUAAUUCUGACGGAUUUAACCGUGGACAAAGGGACACUGGUGUCCAUGGGCUUCAAGACGGUCCACCAGUCGUCGUCCCACUCCGACCAGCCCAUGAAGUACAGCAACGCUAACAUCAUGGAAUACUUACGACGCAUCGUGCCCAGAAUGUUCCAGAACACUCUGUCGCUGUUAUCCAGACAGAUUAUACAACAGUUCCUAGACGAACUGGUGUGGAGAGAAAAGUUCGGUGUAUCUCCCGGGCAGGCAUUCGACAAUAUAGUGUCUCACAUAUCAGAGCAAACAAAAUUGGACGCUAAGGACCCCAUCACUAUACGGCUCUAUAAGAUCGCUUCUAAUCCAUUCAAAAACUGGAAGUACCCCAACAAGAAAAAGGAUAGGUCGGAAGAUUCUUUAGAACCAGAAGUAAGAAGCAAACGCGGCAGAAAGAAGAAAGAGCGCUCGCCUUCACCACCGCCUAAGAAGAAGAGAAAUAAGACUUACAUAGAAGACGAAGACGACGAAGAGAUUCCACUAGCUCUGCGGCGGUCUAAAGUUAAACAAGAGAAGAACAAAGACGCCGACGGUCGACGUCGCAAGGCGAAAACUUACAUCGACGAUGACUUGGACGACGUGCCGCUUAAGAACAUUAAGAAAGAGGUGAAACAUGAUGAGACUGUGUCCUUGGAGAGGUACUACUAUGGAAAAACGAGCGAGGGACAAGCUGAUGACAUCGCUAUAGCUGUACAGUGUCCCGUGUGUCACGCGGAGUUCAACGAGUCCGCGCCGCUGUCCGUCCACCUAGUGAGUCACGUGGUGGGCGGGGCGGGCGUGCUGUGUGUGUUCUGUCACAACAUGUUCGACAGCGAGGCGGACCUGAGCGAGCAUCUCAAGUGUUCGCACCCGGUAGACACUAAGUCACCCGAACUCUUCACAUACGCCUGUCUUAUAUGCGAGGUCCGUUUCGCGGCGGUGCUGACCCUGGCUGCUCACAUGCAGAAGGCCCACUGUCCUCGCGAGCUGCCCUACAGCUGCGGCGCGUGUCCGUACCGCGCCUCCGCACACCGCGCGCUGCUCCAACACGUCAUGGACAAACAUCGCCGGGCCGACAAGCUAGUCUGUCCGCACUGCCUCAAGGUCACUAUCACAUACAUAGCGGGAGAUUAA